AUGCAGUCUGCCGGCGAGGACGUGUCGCAAUCAGACAAGAAAUUAUUGGAGGAUCUUUCGGGAAGUGGUAGAGCCAUCGGCGUCCUGACCAGCGGAGGAGAUGCGCAAGUUAAACGAUUUCAGGAAUGGGUGUGUGUUAUUUUAAACUUUGCUCUCAUGAACUGCAAUUUCUAUCAUCUGGUCAUGAAUUUCAGCUGGGACCACAUCCAUUUGAUCCUUAUUGGAAUUAUUGCAGGGAUGGUUACUGCUGAUUUUGCUUCAGGCUUGGUCCACUGGGGAGCAGACACGUGGGGUUCUGUUGAUCUGCCUAUACUAGGCAAGGCUUUCAUUAGACCAUUCAGAGAACAUCAUAUUGAUCCCACUGCUAUAACAAGACAUGACUUCAUAGAAACAAAUGGUGAUAACUGUAUGAUUACUGUGAUCCCCUUGGCUCAUAUGGCAUACAAAUUUUUUACAGUAUCUCCAGAUUGUGCUCAAGUUCCCAGAAUGGGCUUGGAUCCCAUUGACUUUGACUUGUGGGUGAUAGAAGUGUGCUGCUUUGCCUCCCCUUUCAUCAUGACCACAGCAAUGAAUGUAUCCAUUAUGAUUACCAUUCAAAAUUAUUACUUAAAUGCAAUCAGUAUUGCACCAGCUGGCAAAGUGACAUUGGAGUGUUUGGUACUUGAUUAA